CAUAUAUAUAUAUACACGCUACGAUUCACUUUAUGCCUUCAUUAUCUAGCUACCCUUUUGCUUUUCAUCAUAUUUAAUUUAUAGAUGGUUAUGGAACUUCAACUGAAACUUGCCCUCCGAGCCUACAAUCCUACUAUUGGCUUUCACCAUGGUGGCCAAAGCAAUAUUGCUAAGAACAAGCGUAGUUUCGAGGAUGCGUUUAGCCAUCAGUCAGCUGGAAUGAUGCCUUUACAUGUAUGGAGUGGUCAGCCUAACGAGGAAGAUGAUCAGAAGGGACAAAACAAGAGAGCUUCUUCCCCAUCAACGAGAAUGAAGAGGAGAAAAAACUGGUUGUUGGGUGGCCUCCUAUACAGUCAUGGAGGAAGAAAUUGCUUCACCAGCAUCAGCAGCAGCGGGGUCAAGUUGGUAGGAUCGAGAAUAACAAUCCGGUGACUGAUGGUGGAUCAGA